GGGCUGGUCUCGCCAGACCCUGCGGCAGGCGGCCCCGCCCAGCUCUGGAGGCCGCUCGGGACCAAGGGGCGGGGCGCUUCUCGCCCUCCCUUUGUUCAGCCGGGCGGCGGGAGGAACGUGGCUGCCGCGUUAAAUCCCCGAGCUCUGCGCGGCUGGUCUUGCUGAUUUCUCCAAUUGGCCAGAGGGAAUAACGGUGUCCCGCCUCCCACCUCUAAUAGGUUUCGGAUGGUGCUCGUCUGAGGCCCAAUAUGCUGAUUGGCUACCGCAGGGAGCCCUGGAAGCAGUUCCGGGAAACCCCGCGUGUUGCCGGGGUCGCGCCGCCGUCCAUGAGGAGAGAGGAAGUGCGCGCGCGCCAUUUGCAGUCGCUACUCAGGCCUCAGCCGCGCCGCGCAGGCCGCGCUCCGCAGCAUAAUAAAAUGGCUAAUCAGGUGAAUGGUAAUGCGGUACAGUUAAAAGAAGAGGAAGAACCAAUGGAUACUUCCAGUGUAACUCACACAGAACACUACAAGACACUGAUAGAGGCAGGCCUCCCACAGAAGGUGGCAGAGAGACUUGAUGAAAUAUUUCAGACAGGGUUGGUAGCUUAUGUCGAUCUUGAUGAGAGAGCAAUUGAUGCUCUUAGGGAAUUUAAUGAAGAAGGAGCCCUCUCUGUAUUACAGCAGUUUAAAGAAAGUGACCUGUCGCAUGUACAGAACAAAAGUGCAUUUUUAUGUGGAGUUAUGAAGACCUACAGGCAGAGAGAGAAACAAGGAAGCAAAGUACAAGAGUCAACAAAGGGACCAGAUGAAGCAAAGAUUAAGGCUUUGCUAGAGAGGACUGGUUAUACUCUAGAUGUGACCACGGGACAGAGAAAAUAUGGGGGCCCUCCUCCAGACACUGUCUACUCAGGCAUUCAGCCUGGUAUUGGAACAGAGGUUUUUGUUGGCAAGAUUCCCAGAGACUUGUAUGAGGAUGAAUUGGUGCCACUCUUUGAGAAGGCUGGUCCAAUUUGGGAUCUGCGCCUCAUGAUGGAUCCUCUGUCUGGUCAGAACAGAGGUUAUGCUUUUAUUACCUUCUGUGGCAAAGACUCGGCACAAGAAGCAGUCAAACUGUGUGACAACUAUGAAAUCCGUCCUGGGAAACACCUUGGAGUGUGCAUCUCUGUGGCGAACAACAGACUGUUUGUUGGAUCAAUUCCAAAGAACAAGACCAAGGAAAACAUAUUGGAAGAGUUCAGUAAAGUCACAGAGGGUUUGGUGGAUGUAAUCCUUUAUCAUCAACCUGAUGAUAAGAAAAAGAACCGGGGAUUCUGCUUCCUGGAAUAUGAAGAUCACAAGUCUGCAGCACAAGCUCGACGUCGGUUGAUGAGUGGAAAAGUAAAAGUCUGGGGAAAUGUUGUGACUGUGGAAUGGGCUGACCCUGUAGAGGAACCAGAUCCAGAAGUCAUGGCAAAGGUUAAAGUUUUGUUUGUGAGGAAUUUAGCCACUACAGUGACAGAAGAAAUCCUAGAAAAAUCCUUUUCAGAGUUUGGAAAGCUGGAAAGAGUGAAGAAACUAAAGGAUUAUGCUUUUGUUCACUUUGAGGAUAGAGGUGCGGCAGUAAAGGCCAUGAAUGAAAUGAAUGGAAAAGAGAUAGAGGGGGAAGAAAUUGAAAUAGUGUUAGCUAAACCACCAGAUAAAAAAAGGAAAGAACGCCAGGCUGCCAGACAAGCCUCCAGAAGCACUGCGUAUGAAGACUAUUAUUACUACCCUCCACCUCGUAUGCCACCUCCUAUUAGAGGCAGAGGUCGUGGAGGGAGAGGUGGAUAUGGCUAUCCCCCAGAUUACUAUGGCUAUGAAGAUUAUUAUGAUGAUUAUUAUGGUUACGACUAUCAUGACUACCGUGGUGGCUAUGAAGAUCCCUAUUAUGGCUAUGAUGAUGGCUAUGCUAUAAGAGGAAGAGGAGGAGGAGGAAGGGGUGGGAGAGGUGCUCCACCACCACCUAGGGGGCGGGGAGCACCACCACCAAGAGGUAGAGCUGGCUAUUCACAGAGGGGGGCACCCAUGGGACCACCAAGAGGAGCCAGGGGUGGGAGAGGGGGUCCUGCACAGCAGCAGAGAGGACGUGGUGCUCGUGGAGCCAGGGGCAACCGUGGGGGCAACGUAGGAGGCAAGAGAAAGGCAGAUGGGUACAACCAACCUGAUUCCAAGCGCCGCCAGACCAACAACCAGCAGAACUGGGGUUCCCAACCCAUCGCUCAGCAGCCGCUCCAGCAAGGUGGUGACUAUGCCGGUAACUAUGGUUACAAUAAUGACAACCAGGAAUUUUAUCAGGAUACUUAUGGGCAACAGUGGAAGUAGACAAGUGAGGAGGGCUUGAGAAUGAUAUUGGCAACAUAGAAUUGCCUAUAGCUCUACAUCCUUUAAAAAAAAAAAAUUGGCUUAAUGUUUCAUCUUUCAGUAGCAAUUGGCUGCCAUUUGUACUGGGCUGAAGAAUCACUCUAUUGUGUAUAUAUUCGAGUCUUUUAUUUUCCUUUUUCAUAAACGCACUUGGACAUUAUUGGGCUUGCAGAAUUCCCAAACUCCAUUUGGGGUUUCAGUGCUUUUAUUGUUUUAGGCUUCAUUUUAGCAGUUUAAAAGCAGAACACACCGUUCAAUCAUGAUUUUGCAGAACCUCUGGUUUUGGACAGUUUCCUUUUUUGGAUUUUGGGUAGACUACAUAGGAGUAUGCUGUACAUAAAAGUAAAAGCUAGUGCUUUGUCUUAGUAGUUUUAAGAAAUUAAAAAAAAAUUAAGAUUUCUUGUAUUGAAAAUAACAUGAUUGUAUGUUUUGCAUUCCUAGAAGUAGGUUAACUGUGUUUUUAAAUUGUUAUAACUUCACACCUUUUUGAAAAUCUGCCCUACAAAAUUUGUUUGGCUUAAACGUCAAAGCCGUGGCAAUUUGUUCCUUGAUGUGAUUGUAUUUCCAAUUUCUUGUUCAUGUAAGAUUUCAAUAAAACUCAAAAAUCUAUUCAAAACAUUA